AUGUCUUUUCCAACCCUGCUUCUUACUCCUUUUCAAGUGCUUUCGAGCCACUGGCUCUCAGCCUGCCUAUUUUUUUUUAUUCGUGGUGUCUGUCGUCGGUAUGCUCCCAGCCUCAGGAAUAUCCCUGCAGUCAACUUCCUUGCAACUGUGAAUCGUUGGAACAAGGUCCUCCAAGUGUUGUCAACUCACGCUCAGAGGAACUUGUUAGAAGCACAUAGGAAGCUUGCUAAUCAAUAUCCGGCAGCUAUCCCCAUCAUCUUUGACAACGAACAGAGAUUCGUCAAGACAGACUGGUAUUACAUGUUUGGGUUUCCAACACCAGACGACGCCAACCUCUUCUCGGUAAUCGAUGCAGUCGAACAUAAGCGCCUGAAGCGCAAUGUCGCCUCAGCCUUCUCCAUGUCUGCAACCUCCACGAAACAUCUCUCCAGCUUGGCACGGGCUGUUAGUGCCAUGCUAAGGAGGGGCCCCAGUCCCCGCGGUUUGCCGCUGCGCGCUGGGGUGGAUUAG